CAUGCUCUAUUUAUUUCUUCUUCUUUCUCAUUAAAACUUCUUCUCUUUCUUCUUCUUCACUACUCUUCUCACUCACUCAUAUUCAUAUAUAUAUAUAUAUAUACAAACAUAUAUAUAUAUAUACAUACAUACAUAUAUAUGGACGAAUCUUGGCGAAUGCCGAUGUCGGAGAGCCACCACUCGCGGCGGCGAUCCACAGAGCAAGCUGCAGUGUUCGCCGAUUCCACCGAUACUCUCGAUCCCGAGGACUUCUCCGACGUAUUUGGAGGUCCGCCUCGAAGUGUUUACUGGAGGAAAGUUUCAGCUGAUUUCGCUGGUGCCACUUCGAAUUCAUUUUACGAUGAGAUUUUCAGGCCGCAGGAGAGUUUUAACUCCGGUAGACGGGGAUUUCCGGCGUUCAGGAUUCCCGGUGGAAACGAUCUUGGAUUCUACGGCGAUGUUUUUGGAUCUGAUCGUCGUGAUGACGGCGGUGGAGAACGUAUGUCGAGGGAAAGGUCGAGGCCGAAUUCGAAGGCGAAAUCGAAAUCGAAGUCGGCUUCUUCUUCUGUGCUUAGCUCGGAGGAAAUGAGUCCGGUGGUCGGAGAACACGUGGCGUUGUCGGAUUUCGCUUCCAAGCUCAGGCCAAUCAAUGUUCCAUGCAGAAGAAGCUCAACCACAUUAAUGCAAGCAGAGGAAAGUUUAUUGAAGAAACAGUUAGGAAGAAUCAACAGUAAUAUUAUUCCAAGUUUCUUCUAUGGCGCCAGCCGUAGUCCUAAUGAUAAUAAUUCCUUUGUUGAACAAGCCCAAUUCAUGGAGACUGAUAUUGACCAAAACACCGUCCACAAUUGGAGUAGUACUACUUUAGUAAAUAAUAAUAAUAAGUCAUCUUCUUCUCAAUAUUUUGGGUUCUCCAGAAGGGUCUCUUCCCCUGAAACUGUUAGUGUCAAGAUCUCUCUAGACGAUUUUGACGAACAGCUCAACUCUCCAGCCUCUUCUGCAGUCUCUUCUUUAUGUCAUGAUGGUAGUACGAUCAAUCAAACUAAAUCAGAAACACAUGGGACUAUUGAUCAAGUUGAUCAAGAUGAAUUAAGAGAUGAAGAUCAUGAGGAUGAGUAUGAGUAUGAUGAUGAUGAUGAAGUUAAUAGUUCUUAUGUGAUUGAAAUUGGUUCAGAUUAUAGAGAAAGGACAUCAUCUGAAAAUGCUGUUGCUAUUGAUGAUGCCAUUGCUUGGGCUAAAGAGAGGUUACAAACAUAUACUAAUAGUGAAAAAGAACUCAACACAAGUCUCAAGGAAGAGGAUAAAGAGUCUGCCAAAUUGGUUGAAGAAGCAAUGCCUAAUACAAGGACAUUUCCCCAAGAACUAAUGGAUAACAAACAUGGAAUAGUUCAAUCUUCAGAGUCACAGAUGGAAAUGAGAUUACAAGAUGAGAAUAUAAGGUUAUGGUCAUCUGGAAAAGAAAAAGACAUUCGUUUGCUUCUUUCAACACUGCAUUAUAUAUUAUGGGCCAACAGUGGGUGGUCAGCAAUUUCAUUGACAAACCUAAUAGAAAGCUCACAAGUUAAAAAAGCAUAUCAGAAAGCAAGGCUGUGUCUUCAUCCAGACAAACUACAGCAAAGAGGAGUAACACUUCCUCAAAAAUAUGUUGCUGACAAAGCCUUUUCCAUCCUCCAAGAUGCAUGGGCCUCAUUCAUCUCCCAAGAUGCAAUUUAGUGGCUAAUUAUUAAUUCUAUUUGUCAUUUGAAGCUAAAUUUUGACUUAAAUGCUAUUGUGGUCAUGAACUCAACUGUGAAAUUUACAAGAGGAGGUAACAAGUUUGGAUGUGUUUUUUUUAAAAAGAAAAAAAUGAUGGGGAGUGAUUAUCAUCUAUUGAGAAAACAUCUAUAAAUAUAAAUAUAUAUAUAUAUAUAUUAUUUGUAUACAAGACUUGGUCUGUAACUAUGCUGUAAAAUUGUACUACUACUACUACUGCCACCACCCCUAGAUGUUUUUUUUUCUUAUUAUUUGUUUUAAAUUUAUGUACAUAUUUUGAGUCACCACAAUAAGAUGGUACGAUGUUUUUGUUGUUUGAUUAGUCUGGAGACUCUUGAAAAUAGAAAAAUACACACAAUUUUGCCA